GUCAUUCAAGAGAUUUUGCCAUCCAGCCUGCCUCACUGCAUUUUUGCUUGCCAGUGCAUGAAUGUUUAAAGAAAUACCAAGAAACCUUUCCUAAUCUGUUAUGGUGCAGAGGAAUGAAAGGAGCCUGAAAGGCAAGAAGCUAGGGACUAAAAGGUGCAUCUGGAAGAGUACUGAGACCAGACGAUGGGUGAGGGCAACAUGUCCUCUCUACUCUGCAGCACUUCAAGGGGAGCCCAAGGACUUGGAAGCCCUGGAGAGCUGUCAGAGACAUGCGGACAGAGCUACCAGUCCAGAUCCCUGCAAGAGUUCUCAGAAAAUCCGGUUAUGUCAAGAUGCAACAGUCUCAGCUCUGCCCACUCUGUCACAGGUGUGCCACAGAGCAUCACUGAAUGGCUGGCACUCUGGGAAAAGGAUCCAGUAGAGAUUCUUCUUGAUUUGGGGUUUGGUACAGAAGAACCUGAUGUCUGCACUAAAAUCCCUCCUCGGUUCCUCAGUGGUGCUUCUGUGGCAAAAGGGAUCAACAUCCGUGUCUUUUUGGAAGCUCAAAAGCAGCGGAUGGACAUUGAGCAGCCAAACCUAUAUGGACGUUUUCGACAACUGGAAGUGCUUGACCACAUCACUAAUGCCCUCUCAUCUUUGCUGACUAAUGUGAACACCCAACAGACCAUGGCCCAGGACACUGGCAAGGUUGAGACUGACCUCCUGGGUGCUGCGAAGACCAGAGCUGUGGUCACACAAGCAAAGAGGAGAAGAAUAGGCCAGCUCCUGAGACGGGCUUCUCAGCAGACAGCACUACUGAAACGGGGCUCGCUGGCACCUGGGGAAGUCCAUCUGCCUGGCAUGAAAGAGCAGCCUCACCCUUGUACAGAUACUGCUGAGAGGGGAACAAUCCAGGUUCAGAGCUUUGAUGACGAAAUUCCAUGUGGAAAUGCUCCUGACACCACUUCAGCAGAGGUGAUGGUGACAAGAACAAGCAGCUGCCAAUCAGACAGCAGUGGGUUCAUGGAGGAGCUGCCAGAGCCCUUAGUUUUGCAAAAUUCAUCUUUGUCAGGAAAGAUGAAUAUUAUUUCUGAUAACUACAAUGAAGAAACAGCCCUGUCACAUAGGACAAAGUUUCCUAUGUUAAAUCAAGAUUUCCAACAAAAUCCAGAUGAUUGUGUUACUGAGGUCUUCAUCACAGCUUAUGAGAGCAUCUUGACAGUAUCUAAGCCAACAAAAGCAUGCAGUGACCAGGGAGAAGAGAUUAGUCUCCUGCUGACUGCAGAAAAUGGUGAUUAUCAAGCCCGUAAUGGUGAGCUACAGAGUCUUGUCCAAGAAAGAUUACACAAUAUGGACAAGAAAGAGCAUAAAACUGGAAGAAAGCAACUGGAAAAAGAGGAGCGCAUGAAACAGUACAAUCCUUUUUUUAAGAGUGAUACUCAGGAUGAAGGAGAUCCUAUCUCCUCAAAAUCUGAUCAUCAGUUUUGUUUCAGUACAGGACAUAAAAAUGCAAAUAUAGCCUUCACUGAACUGAGUGAUACAAACCAUGCAGUCAUCAGUGAGGGCAAACACAGAGGCAACGAUGAAGGUGAGAGGUGCCUGACUGAAAAGCACAUUGGAUUUGCAUAUCAAGAAAAUGCCCAUGGAAGCAGUAUAGAACAUGUUAAAGGACAGUGGUGGGGCCAGGAAGUGGUUGGCAAAGAUGGUACCCUGCUUGCAGUGAAUGAGGAGACAAAUAGACAGAUGCUCUGCAACUUGGAUAGUAAUGCAAAAAAUACAAGAUACUUCUCUGAAAGGGGGCUCCCAGAAACUCUGUGUCAGGGCAUGGCAGUGCAGAGUGGGAGUAGUGCCACUUCAACCAGCACUUCACAAGUAUCUUGCAGUCCUCUGUGCUGCCUAGCAGAAGGGCCUGGAUUAAGCUCCCCUGAAGAUCAACAGACUGGUAGCAUAAGGGAGAUGCUAGGUGCUGACAAACCUGAACAGGCAGGCACUGUCCAAAACUGCGAAAUGACUCGUAUUCCUCUGAAAUCUGUUACUGUUCAGAUGCCUUCAGGGCUGGAGUUUACUUCAAGGGUGAAGUGCAAAGGGCAAAAUGCUCCUUGCAUUGAAAGCCUUGCUAAGGAUGACCCUGUGGACAUGUUCAGCGUGUUAGCACUCCCUGAUGGUCGUCGUCUUGUGUGGUCAGACCCAGGGGCUUCAAAGGAUGGUGUGAAGCAGACCACUGAGUCCUCCAGCCAAACUGACACCCUCGCCAGGAAAACCAGGCUGUCACCACUGCUUUGUCCACCCCAUAGCCACCUGACAAAAUCAGCCUCUCUAGACAGCAUGCUCUUUGGCAAAUACAGGUCGCACCACUGGGGUGAAACCUCUGGCAUCACAGGUGCACAGGGCAAUCACUGCUGUCGCUGCUGCCACAGCUGCUGCUCAAGGACAUAUCCUGUGGCUGUUUCUCCCCAUCGCCUUGUAGGCUGCUGCUCAAACCAUGCCACCACCAAGCUGCAGCUCUUGAAGACACUGACACUCCUGCAGAAAACUGCGAUGCGAAAUCUUCCUCAAUGUACCCUCCAGGAAAUAGAUCUGAUGAAGAUCUCCUGCCAGCACUUCCGUGAGAAGCUGGAUGAGAUUGAGCAACACCUGACCGAACAGCAGGCACUGCUUUCUGAUGUUAUGCCUCAUGAAGGAAGGGAGGAAAGCAGAAACCUGCAACUCCUACGGCAGGCCAUUCGUCAGGAGGUGGCAGAGCUGGAAUUUCAGCUGAAUGAUCGAACUUGCCAAGUCAGAGAGGGCAUCCUGAUGCAGCUGGACCAAUUACUGGUAGAACAAUCCCAUCUGUUUUCUGAGCUUGGACUCUCUGAUUGGAAGGGAGAAAGAAAUGCCCAGAAUAAACAAGCACUUCCAGAUGCUGCUGACACUGUGCAUCCUAAAAGUGGGUGCUCAAAAAUGGUACUUCAAGGAGCUCCUAGCAAAAACAUCACAGCAGCAGGCUCUCUAUCUGCCCUGCAGCCAGGGGCACCCUUGACACCACUUUCUACCAAGACAGUGCCUGAGCUGAAUUCAGAUGAGUCUGACCCACAGGAACCCUCCACCAGCAAAAAGGAAAUAAAAGGACCUCCCCAAGCAAAAAUGGACUUUAAGACCUUUAUACGCAAUUUGAAGAAAUCUUUCAGAAGUCCUUUAGGUAAUGAUUCAGCAGAAGGGAAAGACUGAUGGAGGACAGACUGAUGGAUUUUGUUAUUAAUAAUUGUGGCCUUUCUCCUUCAAUACAUGGUAUAUCUCAGAAGCAAAUGAGCAAAACGCUGCUUUAUGCAAAGCAGUUUCAUUUGCAAUCAGGUGACUGGCCAGAAAAGCAGACAUCUUCAAAGGAUAUUUCAAAAAGAGACACUGCAUUUUGCUAUUUUGUGAGUGCAAAACUUACUGUAUUACUCUUGGCAUGACACAGGGCUGUUCUUUGUAAAGUCAUUUACAAAGAAGAGGAGAGGGCUUGUUUUAAGAAGAAACUUACAAACUUGUGGACAGCCUAGGAGGUACCUCUAGAAGCUAUUCUCCUUAAACCCAGUUAUUUUAACAUAGUCCUUCAACCAAUAUUAACCCUCAGGUCCAAACUACCUUGUAUAGCCAGCCCCUAGCCAUCUUCUAGCUUUUAAUUAGCUAGUAAAACCUAAUUUGCCUCUGACUAAUUUUAUGAGGCUUGUAUCUGUUGUCCGUAUCAAAUCAGGAUCUCACUGACGAUGUAUAAAAUGUUAUAUACCCACACUGUCAAACCAUUACUGUGGAUAGUCUCCUAGCUGUCCUCUUCAUUUUCAUGUUUGCUUCACACAAAUCUAACUGAAGAAAAAAAAAAAAGUAAAAAAUAAAAAUCACGGGAUUAUAAACCUUCAGUCAGAAUCCUGGUUCAGUUUUCUGGGGAGUGCUCAGAACUUGGAUUCAUGCAGAAGAAAAAGAAACCCCCAAACCAACAAACAAAACAACAAACAAACAAAAAAACAGUAGAAAAGACCUCUCUGGUUUGGAGUUUAGCAGAGAAAUCCAACUAGCUCAUUUUCAAAGCAGUUUGUUCUACUGCUUUCAAAUUAGCCCUUCCCGGGCUGUGAGACGUCCUACUGGCUUGUUUGUUUAAUGCUCUGGAGGGAUCUUAGGUGUCAUUUAGACUUUGGUGUUGCAAAUCACAGUUCUGCAAAGGUGCAAAUAGAAGUAGCAUUUGUACAUGUUUAAGGAGAAAAUGGAGUCAAACAUGCUGAGCAGCCUGGAGGCUCCCUGCACCUCGAUGUUUCCACAGAUGUUCAAGGCAAUAAAAUGAUUGGGGGAGAGGUACAUAACACAGGAACCGACAAGAUCUCCCACAGCCUGCUGGGCCAUGAAUUUUGCUAGUUGAAAUUUGCCCCUUUCUUGAGACCCCACAUGGGAUUUGUACACCACUUCCACACUAUCAAGUGUUUAAGAGUUUAUAUAUCAAGAUUUGUGACUUUGAAGCUGCUGGGAUUAAUCUUGACAGCAAGCGGCAUGCAAACAGGACCAAAAUAACCUUCAUCUCUAGUACCUUAUGAACUGCAAUUGCAGAUGCUGUACUUUGUGGAGUAAGGCAAAUAAAGAGCAAGGUGAAGGAUAUACAAUGAUGCCAGUGCCAAAGGACUUCUGGAAGGAGCUAAGAAUUUUCUUUUCCUUAUCCACACCAUAAAACAAGCUACUUUUUGAAUGUGCCACUGCAGCAUGUUAAGUAAAAGCUUUAAGUAGGUAUGUGAUGCUACAGACACUGUAUGCCUGUCUUAUAUCCUUGUGCGCAGGUGGCAGCUAUUCUUGAUCACGAAGAUCACAUGGGACCUCUGGUGCCAUUCAACUUCUACCAUCUGCAUUCACAGUCAGGACUGAAUUUGACUCCUCAUAACAAAACUUUCCUGUUUGAACAGUCUGUAGGUGAUUUGUGUGUGCAGUCCAGUUCUUCACUUCACUUUAAUUAUAAUCUCAUGCAAGUUGUGGAGGGGAUUGGGUUCACCAUAUGCAACACUUAGACAUCCAUAAAUACAAUGGUUAAGCUAUAACCUCAUAGCAAUAAAAAACAUGCGAAGCAAGGGGAAGGGGUAAAAUCUUCUGAUUUAUGGUGGAGUACAAUUUCAUAAGUCCUGCAACCAUAUUACAAGAAUGUCUGGAUUGAGUCUCAGUGCUGCUGUCGAAGAUGCAAGACCAAAAAAAAUAAUGCAGUCAUUUUGUGACUGGGAAAGCCUGGAGUGGUACUGGUGA